AUGGUGUCCGAAGACUGGAUAUCCAGGGCCAUCCAGGCGGGCAGGACGUAUGAGCAGUUGCCUGCCAGGGUGCGCAGCGCGCUGCCCAUAGGGGAAUGGAAAGCAAGGGUGAAGGACCAUUGCAUCCAACACGGGUAUGCAUGGGGGGAGAGUCCAGCAAGUACAAGCUGUGGUGAACAAGAGUACUACGAGGAUUUGCUCGCAUACUACAAGCAGCAUGAAUGGCUUUUCCCAUAUCACUUGGCAGGCUACAUAUGUCGAGUUCUGCGCACCACAGCCUUCCGUUACUAUUUUGACACGCUCUAUGCAAGCCUGAAGGAAGAGCGUGCGUACGACAGGAUUCCGAAUUUCGCAGCAGCCGAUAUAGUUCGAAAGCUUGGCAUCGGCCGCAAUGAGUACAUCGCCAUUCUGGAUUCCUGCAAGGCAAAGAAGCUUCUCUGGAGGGUGAACAAGGGCAUUGCAAAAGAAAUGCUGCCCAGUGAGCCCCUGAACAUCCCACUGGAACCUUGGUGGAAGGUUUCAGUUGUGAAUGUGAGCGAGCCUGAAUUCCGGGUUUUGUCUUCGAGCGAACUGGAUUUGCUGCAGGGGGCUUGUCAGCCUCAGGGCGUUACAGUCAGCGAGGCUGAUCAGACAACAUUGAGGAGCCUAUACAAGCGUGGGCUCGUGUACUUCACUGUGCCCAUUAAGGAAGAUGACCACUUUACCAUACCUCCACUGGAGGGUUUUGUGUCCAACAAGAACACAGUGCCAGGCGAAGGUGUGGAUCCAAUGGAGUCACUGCUGUACUCCAUUUUUGUUGCCAACAGCGAGAGCUGCUCUGUUGGAGACUUGGCUCGCGUUCUCAAUGUCAACGUGUCCCAGGUUCAGGCAGCCAUGGGUGUUGCAUGCCGCCUUGGUUUUGUUUCUAGGGUGCCCAGGGAUUCAGAUAAAGAUGGAGCAGCACCUUCGUAUGACUCUGUGCCUCUUCGAGAUGACGACGAAGAAGUUGAUUCCUCCAGCGCAAAGACACAGGACUCGGGACACAGAAAGGACAACACCAAGCCAGAGGAAGGCUCAGCGGUGGCCCUCAUCGUUGAUGCAGAGACGACAUCAUACUUAAUGAUGGGAGCACUAUCACCAGCUGUGAAGAAGCACGCCGUCACCCUCUUCGAAGGGGGCAGAGUAGCUGGCGAUGACACCAUUGAGGAGCUCAUAUCUGAGCUUCGGCUGUCGGCCAGCGCGCAUGAGCAGCUGGGGGGCGAGAUGGUUGAGUUGACACAACACACCACGGCAUUGGUUACGGCCCUGGAUUGCGUCAAGGCCGCAUCUGGGGGACGCUCCAUCGAGCUGCUGAGGCGUGAAUCUCUGGCGGGAUUGUCUCAUGGGGCCAUCCACCGCGUCCUCAGCCACGCCUACAAGGUUGUUGUGCCCGUGGCCCCGCUGCCCGGGGAGGUCCUGCCCCUGGGGUUUGAACCUGAGGAGGGGAGCUCUCCAGGGCCAGUCUUUUUUGGACCUGCAGGGCCGGUGUCCUCCCCGUGGUUUCAGCUGGCUGUGUACACCGUCGUUGGAGCCGGGCCAGUCUCCAUGGUGUUCUUGCACGGGCAGCGCCUCCACAAACUCCCCGGCCCGGCUGCAAGCUGCCGUUCCGCCUUCGUUCGACCCUGGGGGGCGCCUCCUGAUUCGGCGCUCCUGGUGUCUCAACCGUUCCUCAUCUUCUAUUUGAAUGAAAUGCUGCGGAAGGGAGCUGUCGUGCUCCAGCCGUUGCUGGCAUGCGAGCGCGAAAGAGCACAGGCACUGGAGGGUGGAAAAUUGGAUGAUCUCGGUUUGGUAGACAUUCCCUUGCCGUUCGUUGUUCUGGAGACGGAAGAAAACAAGAAGUUGGUACAAGGAUUUGAACGGCCGUCAGGCAAGGCGGUGGAACUGAAUAUUCCACUGGGGUUGGAAGAUGCUCUCCAUGCAUGCGGAUUGGACAGCUCGGUGGGCUUUGUCAAAAUGAUAGACGCCUCCUGGCUGGGAAGCAGCAGUGGUGAAUGGCUUCCACUUGAAGUCCAUCUUGGGCUGCCACUCCACUCCGUGGGUCUCUGCAAGGCUGUCUGCGACUUGGCGACAGAAGGCAUGCUGUUCGACGCGCAGGGGCGCGACGUGCAGAUCAAGUCUCAGAAGCAGAGGGUUGCCAUUGCAGACCGGCUGAUGGGCGCCUUCGGCGGCGGAUGGGGCGGGGCGGGCACCUUGGCGGGAUCCUUGCCGGCCACCAACUUCAUGUUUGACGGCAGCAAAGUCGUACGUGCUGACUUCUCGUCGUGCAUCCAGGGUAGUGGAAGCCACAGCGCGGGGAACGAGGUCGCGACAUCCAUGCAACCCGGAGUUCGAGUGAUGUGA